AUGAUCCACAGUCUGUUCCUUAUAAACUGCUCUGGCGAUAUAUUCUUGGAGAAGCACUGGAAGAGCGCGGUCAGCCAGUCUGUGUGCGAUUAUUUCUUCGAAGCUCAGGAGAGGGCGGCCGACGUGGAGAAUGUGCCUCCCGUCAUCCCCACUCCACACCACUACCUCAUCAGCAUCUAUCGGGAUAAAAUGUUUAUUGUGUCCGUCAUACAGACGGAGGUGCCGCCUCUCUUUGUCAUCGAGUUCCUUCACCGGGUGGCAGACACCUUCCAGGAUUACUUUGGAGAGUGUUCGGAGACGGCCGUGAAAGACAACGUCGUCAUUGUCUAUGAGCUGCUGGAAGAGAUGCUGGACAACGGCUUUCCCCUGGCGACGGAGUCCAAUAUUCUGAAAGAGCUCAUAAAACCCCCUACCAUCCUGCGUUCUGUCGUGAACUCCAUCACAGGCAGCAGUAAUGUGGGCGACACUCUUCCGACGGGCCAGCUGUCGAACAUUCCCUGGCGGAGAGCGGGGGUGAAGUACACCAACAACGAGGCCUACUUUGACGUAGUUGAAGAAAUCGAUGCCAUCAUAGACAAAUCCGGCUCCACCGUCUUUGCAGAAAUCCAAGGGGUCAUUGACGCCUGCAUCAAGCUCUCCGGGAUGCCCGACCUCUCGCUUUCUUUCAUGAACCCCCGGCUUCUCGAUGAUGUGAGUUUUCAUCCCUGCAUUCGUUUCAAGCGCUGGGAGUCGGAAAGAGUCCUCUCCUUCAUCCCCCCAGAUGGAAACUUCAGGCUGAUUUCCUAUCGGGUCAGUUCGCAAAACUUGGUGGCCAUUCCUGUGUACGUGAAACACUCCAUCACUUUCAAAGAGAACUCCUCUUGCGGGAGGUUCGAUGUUACGAUUGGACCGAAACAGAACAUGGGGAAGACGGUGGAAGGCGUUGUCAUGACCGUCCACAUGCCAAAAGCCGUACUCAAUAUGAGCCUCACACCCUCCCAAGGCAGCUACAUGUUUGAUCCUGUCACCAAGGUGUUAACGUGGGAUGUCGGCAAGAUCGCCCUUCAGAAGCUGCCCAGUCUUAAAGGGACGGUGAAUUUGCAGUCUGGAGCCCCCAAACCAGAAGAGAACCCCAGCCUGAACGUCCAGUUCAAGAUCCAGCAGCUGGCCAUUUCAGGACUGAAAGUCAAUCGCCUCGACAUGUACGGGGAGAAGUACAAACCGUUUAAGGGUGUGAAAUACAUCACGAAAGCAGGGAAAUUCCAGGUCCGAACAUGAGGCAAAAGAUCCCUGCUUUGCUGGCCGGAAAGCGAGUGUGGGUUUGAUUUGUGGAGGGUUCUUUUUG